AAAAAAAAAUUUAACGGCGCCAGUGUCAGUUACUAACUGCUAGGUUCAAAGCGUCGUUGGAAUGGAGAAUUCGUCGUGCUGUUUGUCUCUAACUACGUGUUUCGUAUAUUUAUUACUUAGUUAUUGGACGCGUGGGUUUGAAUAUUAUGCCGCAUACAUGAAAAAUUGUGUGUUCAGCGUGUUACUAGGGCAGUGAUAAGGACGGAAAGGAAGUUACUUUGGGUGGUGAUAAGUUUUGAUUGUUUAUUCUCACGUGCGAAGUUCAUCGAAGACUGUUUUUUAUUAUAUUAAAGAAGUGCUAUGACUGCACGCCCCUUGGUAACCAUUUACAAUGAUAAGAGCGAAGCGACUGAUAGUCAGAUCAAGCUACCGGGCGUUUUCCGUGCACCGUUACGUCCAGAUAUUGUUUCCUUUGUACACGACCAAAUAAGAAAAAAUAAACGUCAGCCGUACGCCGUCUCAAUUGAAGCUGGGCAUCAAACUUCGGCGGAAUCAUGGGGCACAGGUCGUGCGGUAGCUAGAAUCCCGCGUGUACGAGGUGGUGGUACGCAUCGUUCUGGACAGGGUGCAUUUGGUAACAUGUGCCGUGGCGGACGCAUGUUUGCACCAACUAAGGUAUUCCGACGUUGGCAUCGUCGUGUUAAUGUUGCACAAAAACGUUACGCGAUGGUUUCGGCUAUAGCUGCUUCGGGUGUUCCAGCUUUGGUGCAAGCCCGCGGACACAUCAUUGACCAAAUACCGGAAGUCCCAUUUGUUGUUGUUGAUAAGGUGGAAAGCUUCAAGAAGACAAAAGAAGCUGUUUCAUUUCUGCGUCGUUCACAUUUUUGGGCUGAUAUCGAGAAAGUUUAUAAUUCGAAACGUAACCGCGCUGGUAAAGGAAAAGGACGCAAUCGCCGUCACAAGGCUAAGUUGGGUCCCCUUAUAGUGUACAGUCAGGAUAACGGUAUCGUCAAAGCUUUCCGAAAUAUCCCGGGUGUUCACCUGCUUCCAGUUGACCACCUUAAUUUGUUGAAAGUUGCACCUGGUGGCCAUCUUGGACGUUUGAUCAUCUGGACGGAAUCUGCUUUCCGUAAGCUGGAUCUUAUCUAUGGAACAGAAACACGCAAAGCCGUUGCCAAGGCCAAGUUCGUCAUGCCUACAGCAAAAAUGGCAAAUGCUGACUUUUCACGACUGAUUCGCUCGGAGGAAAUUGUUAGGGCCAUUCGACAGAAAAAGAAAAACAGAUUUAAGGUUAGAGCGGCAAAAGUGCAUCGCAACCCGUUAAAAAAGUCCGCAAUCAUGGUCAAGUUGAAUCCAUAUGCAGCAGUACUGAAACGUACCACUAUUUUGACCAAUCGUAGACGACUUGGAACGCAACACCCAUUUGAGGAAAAGAUUCAGAUAUCACGUCGGAAGGCAUUUGAAAAAAAGGCUGCUCAGAAGACGGAAAAAAGGCUGCUCAAAAGACAGCGGCUGCAAAGUAAAAACAUAUUGGUUGUCAUAUAAUUUGUUAUACAUCGGAAUUUCGUUGGAUAAAUUUUCACGUAAAUGUUGGAGAGGUCAGCAAUUUAUAAUGUAUUCAUAAUAAAAUCA